AUGAAGAACAUGGCAGCAGGAAACCAUUGCACAGUGACUGAGUUCUUCUUAGCUGGGCUCACAGAGAAGCCAGGACUCCAGAUGCCCCUCUUCUUCCUCUUCCUAGGCAUCUAUGUUGUCACUGUGGCAGGAAACCUGGGCUUGCUCACUCUAAUUGGACUGAAUUCUUCCCUUCACACCCCUAUGUACUACUUCCUCUUUAAUUUAUCUUUCAUUGAUCUCUGUUACUCUACUGUCAUCACCCCAAAAUUGUUGAUAAACUUUGUUUCAGCCAUGAACACAAUUUCCUAUGAAGCAUGCAUGACUCAGCUCUUUUUCUACUGCUUCUUUGUCAGUGCUGAAUGCUAUGUGUUGACAGCAAUGGCAUAUGAUCGCUAUGUGGCUAUCUGUAAGCCCCUGCUGUACACAGUUACCAUGUCCCCUCAAGUCUGCUCUCUGUUGGCUCUCAUUGUAUAUGUGGGAGCAUUUAUUGGUGCAUGGGCCCAUACUGGAUGCAUGCUGAGAUUGACCUUCUGCAAGGACAAUGUUAUCAACCAUUACAUGUGUGACAUCCUUCCACUGCUAGAACUUUCGUGCACCAGCACUUACAUCAAUGAGCUGGUAGUAUUCAUUGUUGUAGGUUUUGAUGUAGGUGUGCCUAGCAUUACCAUCAUUGUUUCUUACUCAUUCAUUCUUUCUAGCAUACUUCAGAUUCAUUCCGCUGAAGGAAGGUCCAAGGCUUUCAGCACUUGCAGCUCACAUAUAAUUGUGGUUUCUGUUUUCUUUGGGUCAGGGGCAUUCAUGUACCUCCAUCCUUCCUCUGUUUUGUCCAUGGAUCAAGGGAAAGUAUCCACUGUCUUCUAUACCAUUGUGGUGCCCAUGCUCAAUCCUUUGAUCUACAGCUUCAGGAACAAGGAAGUCAAGGUUGCCUUGAGAAAAGCCUUGAGUAAGAAAAUAUUCUCCUGA